AUGGCCGUUCCUGUUCCAAUUUUCCCUAAGCCCGACAUUGUCAAAACCUUCCAUAAGACACCAUAUGCGGCCAUAUCUCCUUCGCGCCCAGAACUUUCGCAGAAAGGCCGCGUCGUCUACGUGACAGGAGGAGCCGCAGGCAUCGGUCUGGCCAUCUGCCAUGCCUUUGCGCUGGCUGAAGCUGCCACGGUCAUUCUUACUGGCCGUCGCGAAGGCCCCUUGAAUGAGGCUGUCAAGGCCCUCUCUAAGGAGCAUCCAAACACAAGGUUUGUAGGCCAGGCUUUGGACGCAUCAGAUCGAUCGGCGACAGAGAAAGCCUGGGCACAACUUGAUAGCGACGGCAUUGUCGUCGAUGUCUUGGUUCUUAACGCUGCGCAUAUACCGGAUAGGCCAGCUAGCGUGUUGGAGCUCGGAUAUGAAGAGCUGUGGCCCAGCUUCGUGACGAAUGUCGGCGCCAACCUUGAUCUCAUCGAUCGAUUCUACCACCAAAAGAAGCGUGCGGCCGGCCAGAAGCUGUCGUUAGUAAACAUCUCAACCAUGGCCAUCCACGAACCCUCAGCCGUCACAACCUAUCCCGGCUAUGGUGCUACAAAGAACGCAGGAACGAUGACGGUGCAGAUGAUUGCCCGAGGAAUCUUGCCAGACGAUAUGCAAGUGCUGAGCUUCCAUCCUGGCAUAAUAUACACGGAAUCGGUGGCAAAGGCCGGCGUUCCAGCGGAGGCCUUUGCGUGGGAUGAUGUUAAUCUUCCCGGCCAUUACGCUGUUUGGGCGACUUCCGAAGAGGCCAAGUUUCUCCACGGCCGCUUUACUUGGGCGGCAUGGGAUGUGGAAGAGCUGAAGACGGAAGAGGCGAGGAAGAAGAUUGAAGAGGAUCAAGCUUACCUACGCGUAGGAGUCAUUGGCAUUUGA